AGACAAAAAGAUGUCGUUCAUCCCCGGUCAUCCUGUCACAGCAGUUGUGCAACGGAUUGAGAUUCACAAACUACGGGACAGUGAUAAUUUAAUAUUAGGAUUCAGCAUUGGAGGGGGAAUCGACCAAGAUCCAGGCCAGAAUCCUUUUUCUGAAGACAAGACAGACAAGGGAAUCUAUGUCACACGCGUGUCUAAAGGUGGACCUGCAGAGGUGGCUGGUCUCAGGAUGGGAGACAAAAUCAUGCAGGUGAACGGCUGGGACAUGACUAUGGUGACACACGAUCAGGCACGAAAGAAGCUCACCAAGAAGAAUGAAGAUGUGGUCAGGCUUCUCGUCACUAGAAAAUCCCUGGAGACUGCAGUCAGACAGUCCAUGAUGCAACACUAAUGCAGAUCUGAAACACCAGAUCUAAUUGAAUGUCUUUAUUGGUUAAUCACAUGUUUAGAGCAUGUUUUAACUAAUGAAAAAACUAACUCAGCCAAAGAGUGAUGCCAGGAAACCCUUUACGCUCGGUAUGGACUAACAAGGACUAGUUAAAGAUCAUUGUGAUGUAUUGAACUCUAACUGAACCUGUGUGUGUGUGUGUGUGUGUGUGUGUGUGUGUGUGUGAAUGAUCGCUCUCAGAGUACAAUCUAAAGAUUGUGGUUUGCAUUCCAUAAUUUGUUACACUAAUUUCAAUUUAGCUACAGUUUAUACUACACUGUCUUUAGCACGUACUGUAUACUCCUGAAUGUAUCUUGGAGUUUUUAAACUCCAUAUCAUUUCAUUCAUAGUUCUCAAGUGCUACAGUGACUUGUGGUUAUCUCAUUUCUCGUUAACACUUACACCUACAUAUACACCCAUUCAUUAAUGAAUUGAUUAAUGUGGGA